AUGGCGCUAUUCCUUUUUCUCUCAGCUCUCCUGUUGCUUUGCGAAUCUUCGCAUGAGACAAGUGCUCAUGAAUGUAAGACUGGGGCAGAAUAUUCUGUCAAGGGCAUGAUGUUGAAGAGUCACAUAUACAAAACGAUGAGCGUAUCUCUCGGUCAUGAGUGUUUAAAGGCCUGUUACAGAGACGUCGCGUGUCAAAGUUUCAAUUAUGUUCUCUCUCAAUCCACCUGUGAGUUCAGCAAUAGGAUCCAAGAGGCCAGACCUGAGGAUUUUGUACCGGAUUCCAACAGAUACUAUUUCAAACGAGACAGAGAACGAGGUAAAUGUACAGUUCUGAAGGAAAAUGUUGAAGUUUAAUUAGAAAAGAAAGGUUGAUCUUUUUACCUUUCUUUUCUCAGUCCCCUUGGGCUCCAUUCCAGAGUUGCCCGCUGAAUCAUGUAAAGAAAUCAAGGCAAGUGAAGGUGGAAAGGCGUUUAGCGGGAAAUAUUGGCUUAAUUCUGUUGUAAAAGAUAAGUCUGUACUUGCCUACUGCGACAUGGACACAGAAGGUAACUACUUGACGGAUACUUUUUUUGCACUAUUCGUGCGAGUGACCUUUUCUGUAGGUGGCAAACACAGUAAAUCCUCAACAGUUCCAUUGAAUCCCCAUAAACUUUAGCAGCAUCCUUUUUAUCCUUGGAACUUUAAGACAGAUUUAGCUAGAAAUUAGUUCUGGGGUGAUUGUGGGAAGUCAUUUAGUAAGUAGAAAGGAAUGACUAAUUGAUAGUAAUAGUCAUUCUUCUGAAAGCUGAUUCUUCAUGUUUUUUCGGUUUUCCUCUGCUGAAUAUAGAUGCAGACGAGUGCAGUGCUUCAGUCCCUAUCUGUGCCGUCAAUGCUUCAUGUCAGAAUCUUCAAGGCUCGUACAGUUGUUCUUGUAACCUUGGUUUCAGUGGAGAUGGAAAAGUCUGUACUUGUAAGGAUAUAACGUAAUUUGACAAGGGCUAGGGGGGCUAUCCGUGAAGAAGAGUGUUAUGAGCUUCUAAGCGCCUCAUAAAAAUAACUAUAUCAGUGGCUUGUAGUACUUGUCACAUGAGGUCAGAGCUCUUCAUCACUUCUGGAGAGAUUGUUCAGACUAUUGAAAGAGUUACGGUUAAAACUAUAGAGAUGAUGGUUUCUGCAGUGAAGUGAUCAAUAGAAAAAGUAAAUAUCUAAGUUGAAGUUUACGGGGCUGUUCACUCUAAGUCGUGCUAUAGCCCUAAUGAUGGCGUGCCUCAUAAUAAGUACUUAAUGUUUGAAUAGACAGAUAGAUAUACUUGUAAAUAAACAACUCUUAGAGAUGUAUAUAUUCUAUAAAAUACUCUCCAGAACCAUUAACAGAAAUGACACUCACUGAACGAAUCAUAGGGCAAGUCAGGAAUAUCACACCCACUCGUUUAAGAUAAUGGUUUUUCCUUCUGUGGAUAUGCAUGAUUAUUUGAUAGAUGUGGAUGAGUGUGCAAGCAACCCUUGCACUAAUGGUGGGACAUGCGUAGAUGGUAUCAAUGGCUACACCUGUACCUGCCCACCAAGUUAUCGAGGGAAUCGAUGUGAAAAAGGUCAGUAUCUAUUUCAGUGAUAAUUAAAUGUAACAGUUGUUACACGUAUGAAGAAAAAUGAAGAAAAGAUCAGAAACAAAAGGGAUAAAGAGCGUCUGUAAUAAAGAAAGCCUACGGAAUAUUGGUAAUAAUCAAAACUAUAACGAAUUCUCGAUUAAUUAUCACCAGUCCGAUCUGAGCUCUAAUAGGACAGUGUACGCGUCAUGCUUGUGAUUGGAAGUGUAAUGGGACAGUUAAAGGGACAGUUAACAGGUCAUGCCUAUGUAAGUGGACAGAACGCGUCAUGUGCGCGCGCUUUUGUCUCGCAUUACACCUAGUUUACAGUUUUUUUUCUCUUUUAUGAAACAGUUGGCUGUGCUUUGACUUUAAAGAGUGUUGGAAAUCCUGUUACUCAACACAAUCGAUCUCCCACUCAAGGAGCGUGGAUGAAAGACCCUCUUGGUGUCAUGGGUAACGACACCAUAUUCGUCAUGCAAAGUUAUUACUCAAACGACAACGUUGAGGAAUUUGAAAACCUCAACAAGUUCAAAGCAGGAGUGGUCCGCAAGAAUUACACUCUGCCCUUCAAAUGGGAUGGAACAGGGGCAGUGGUGUAUGGAAAUCACCUCUAUUACAAUAGGUUUUUCCUACCUUCAUUACUUUUUCGUUUUCAGUUAUUUAUUUAUUCUUGUUGAGAAUUUAAAAUGUUAAAGUUCAAAGUCAAAACAAAUAGGAGACGAAUUCGUUGCGCCCACUCUCCUUGAUUGACUUUUCUUCCCUUGAUCACUGGGCAAUUGAAAAAAGAGAAUUUUUUGGUUCAUUUGAUUACUAAAUUAUUGGCAACCCACCACCGUGAAUAUUUAGUGCAAGUGUUUCGGCUUAUUUUCUAAUCUAUUUCUGGAAACUUUUCUCAUUCUAUUGCAGGGAAAAUAGCCAGUUCAUCAUAAAGUAUAAUUUGUUCACCAGCAACAUCGAUAACCAUAUUACUUUAAGCGGAUACUCGCCAAGAAGUAUUACCUACACGUGGGGUGGAUACAGUGGGGUUGACUUGGCAGUAGACGAAAAUGGUUUAUGGGUAUUGUGGGGCAACACAGGGAAUGGCAGUCGACUGUCCGCCUCCAAGAUUGAAGGGGAUGUCAUAGUAAACAACUACAACUUGGCUACAGGUAAGUCAUUUUAGAGAUCAAAGGCAACAUAAUUCAUAAUUCGUAAUAGUUCCUUCAUGGGAUGCGACUUUUAUCUUUUUAAAAGAAACAUGAUUACAGUUAUAAUUUUAUAGCGAAAGUCAAUGUGGUUUUAUUAUUAUUAGGUCGCGUUUAUUAUUUUUUUUUUUUUACACGCCGCUUCUUCACCAUCGCCCUUAAAUUCUCAUUUUAAUUGAAACUAUUAUCAAAAUUAAGGCACUUAAAAGGGUGCUCAGGAUUUUUUCACUUUCUAUUCUAUUUUGCUGAGAAAUUGACUUCUUUUCAAUCGAAGUUAUUUCGAAGUACAGAGGAGAGGCAACUGAUUUUACAAGUUAUUUCUUUGUGUUGGUUGUUAUCGCAGAACGUAUGAACUCGAUGGGUAACGCCUUCAUAGCUUGUGGAGUGAUCUACUGCAUCGACAGUUAUAAUAGCAAUCCCACAACCAUCAACUUUGCCUAUGACACAAAGACUGGUAAUCAAUGGAACCCCAAUAUACAGUUCACGAACCAGUAUGGAUACAAUUCUAUGGUAGACUACAAUCCCAAAGAAAAGCUUUUGUAUGCAUGGGACAAUCACAAACAGCUCACUUAUUCCCUCACUUGGAAUUGA